AUGCACCAACCAUCCACGGCCUCCUUCUUCCCUACUGCGAAGGAGUUAUCAAGUGGUAUUCAAUGGUUUAAAGACCAUCCAGUACUUGCUGCUGUGGCUGCUACUGCUGUAUCUAUGAUUACGUAUCUCAAUGCCCUCGAAUUAGCGGAAGCAGACGUUCAAGGUGUGGACGAUGAGGUGACUUCUCCUCCUCGUCCUUCUUCUUCUUCUUCUACUACUGCUUCUCCUCCUCCUCCUCCUGCUGCUACUGUUAUGACCAAGAAACAGAGAAAAGCUACACCAAAUCGACGAAAAGGAUUGUCUGGAGCACCCAGUGAUGGUAAACUAUCAGCUGCUGUGAGUUGGUGUGAUGAACAUGGCGGUAGUUUAACACAGGUGUUUGAGAAUGAUCCACCCACGUCUCCUGGUCAAGGAAAACGCUUGGACGACAGUGACGAUGAAGCAUGUGAUGACGUAGCUAAGAGUUUUCUGGAUGCUUUUCAACAACAUCGAGUCACACUUGCCAGUGGAUUACACAAGAGCGUAACGACGCAACAACUAGAUGCAGUAGCGGCAAUUGCUGCGGCAGUAAAUGACUCGGAGGUGGAAGUUGUGCAGGCAGACAGCCCGCAGUGGGGCUGGUACGUUCCAAUCACACCACCUCAGGAUCAGUUGCACUUGCCAACUGGACGUGAUUCACAGGUUGUAACGAGCUCUUCAAUGACACAAACAACGGAUACUGACGUUGAGAAAUCAUGA